GUCCCUCCACUCAUGAUCCCACUCAUGGCUGUGUUGACGGUUGGGUUAGGAUAGAUUUGGUUGCAGCAAUUGUGUUUACUGCCUGCAUUGGUGCAGAACAACAGAUGACCACGGUGCCUUGAGUUUUCCACCAGGAUCGAUCACAACUAGAAGAAGCAGUUUGUGGUCUAAUUUCUCCACGAUCAACCAUGGAGGCGAUGAUGAAUGCAGCCCUCGUGUCAAAUGGCUCGAGCGUGGCGAUGCCUAUGGCAGAGCAAGUCUGUGAUGUUCACUGCAGAGCAAUUCUGACAACAGUCUAUAGUGUGGUCUUAUUUGGAGGCACCGUUGGAACAGUUAUGAUGUCACACAUGAUGUUCAAGAGGAAUUGCCAAUCAAUGAUUGCCACGAUCAUCAUCAAUAUCAUUGUGCUGCACUCCCUCCUCCUGAUUAGUCUGCCAUUCCGCCUCAGCUACUACCUCUCAGCAGUCUGGAAGCUUGGCUCUUUUACCUGCCGAAUGGUUAGUGGCGUCAUAUAUGGUCAUAUGUACCUUACCUUCAUUUUUUAUGUGGCCAUUGUUACACUUCGGUUGCUCAUCUAUUUUAAGAAACUCCAAAUGCAACAGUUACAAAAGUUCCAUGCCGUGGCUCUAAGUAUUAUUAUUUGGAUGAUAGGAAGCUUCAUCUUCUUACCGAUAUUUUUUUUACAGUAUGGCACAGAUCCAAGUUACACAGAACAACAGCGGUGCUUUGAGUUUCAUAAAUCUCUCAACUCCAGGGACAUCAUCAUCAUAAACUAUUCUAUAAUUGUUAUUAUGAUGACAACAGUUCUGCUCCUCUUUCUGAUACAGCUGGCUAUCCUUCUUCGUUUGAUAAAAGCCUAUUGGCCUGAUAUGUGGGCCCAUCAAGAGUACAGAGCUCAAAUCAAGAGUUUUUUCUUCCUGUUGGUCAUAGUUGUCUGCUUUAUACCACACCAUGCGUUCAGGGUAUAUUUUAUUCAAAAUUUUCCAGAGGAAGAAAAUUCUAAGUUAAUACUGUACAAUGAAAUCUGUGUUGCUUUAACAGCUUUCUGCUGCCUGGAUAUGUUAUGUUUCAUAGGUGGUGUCAUCCAUUAGACCUUCCCAUGCUCUUUCUGUGAUUGGUUUAUAGGGCAUCAUGAUGAAAAAUACUUCAGUUGAAUGGAUGGAGUGCUGUUGUCAUAUUUAAAAUUUUCAAGCUCUCUGCUCCUGAACAUCAGACUUUUUUAUUUCUCUUAGCCACAACUAUUUUCUUACAAAAACUUAAUCAACCCUGAUAACCUAAUUUUCCUUCGAAAAUGCUUGUAGGCCCUAAAUGUAUCCCAGAAUAUGUUAGGUUUCUUAGCUGUACCAAACACACUAUUCCUUCCUCUUUUCAUUCACUAUUCACUUCAACCAAGCACACCUGUGAGUUCUCCCCAUACCCCUGAGGCUUUUAGUCUACCAUGUUUUCCUCUGAAUGUGUUUGUUCCCCCCAUUCCUGUCCACCAAAUUUUAGAUAACCUAUAGUUGCAAAUGGGGCUCUAAAAUAACCAUAAUCUAUUCAAAUUAAGAUUUCCUGCCAGUAGUGGCAUUGGGAGUAGAGUAUUACCUUGAGCAGAGAAGUCAAGAGUGUUAGAAGAAACUCUUCCAAGAGAUGGGGCAUCUAUGUGCUCCAUCCUGAUGAAGGCACAGAAGGGACUUGGAAGCCGGAUGUUACCUCCUGAUCUACCUUCAGUACAAAGCAGUGAAAGACAUUGGAAAUGACAAAAAAAUAAGACCAAACCAAACCA